GGGGACUCUCGGCGGCGCGGGCGGCGGGCACUUAGCCGACGCACCGACGCGGAGCGCACCGUCCACAGCCGCCGGUCCCACCGCCGCCGCCGCCGCCGCGUUCCCGAGGAGCGAGGAGCACCCGCCGGAACCGAAAAUGCCGAAACCAAUCAAUGUCCGAGUCACCACCAUGGAUGCGGAGCUGGAGUUCGCCAUCCAGCCGAACACGACAGGAAAGCAGCUUUUCGAUCAGGUGGUGAAGACCAUCGGCCUCCGGGAGGUGUGGUACUUCGGCCUCCAGUACGUAGAUAACAAGGGAUUUCCGACCUGGCUGAAACUUGAUAAAAAGGUGUCGGCCCAGGAGGUCAGGAAGGAGAAUCCCCUGCAGUUCAAGUUCAGGGCCAAGUUCUACCCCGAAGACGUGCCUGAGGAGCUCAUCCAGGACAUCACGCAGAAGCUUUUCUUCCUCCAAGUGAAGGAGGGCAUUCUGAGCGACGAGAUCUACUGCCCCCCGGAGACCGCGGUGCUCCUCGGCUCCUACGCCGUGCAGGCCAAGUUUGGAGACUACAACAAAGAGACGCACAAGUCCGGGUACCUCAGCUCCGAGCGGCUGAUCCCCCAGAGAGUCAUGGACCAGCACAAGCUCACCAGGGACCAGUGGGAGGACCGGAUCCAGGUGUGGCACGCGGAGCACCGCGGGAUGCUCAAAGACAGUGCCAUGCUGGAGUACCUGAAGAUCGCCCAGGACCUGGAAAUGUACGGGAUCAACUACUUUGAGAUAAAGAAUAAGAAAGGAACAGACCUGUGGCUUGGAGUGGAUGCCCUGGGACUGAAUAUUUAUGAGAAGGAUGAUAAGUUGACCCCAAAGAUUGGCUUCCCGUGGAGUGAGAUCAGGAACAUCUCUUUCAACGACAAGAAGUUUGUCAUCAAGCCCAUCGACAAGAAGGCGCCCGACUUCGUCUUCUACGCCCCCCGCCUGCGCAUCAACAAGCGCAUCCUGCAGCUCUGCAUGGGGAACCACGAGCUGUACAUGCGCCGCCGGAAGCCCGACACCAUCGAGGUGCAGCAGAUGAAGGCCCAGGCGCGCGAGGAGAAGCACCAGAAGCAGCUGGAGCGGCAGCAGCUGGAAACGGAGAAGAAGAGGCGAGAGACCGUGGAGAGAGAGAAGGAGCAGAUGAUGCGGGAGAAGGAGGAGCUGAUGCUCAGGCUCCAGGACUACGAGCAGAAGACCAAGAAGGCCGAGAAAGAGCUCUCGGACCAGAUCCAGAGGGCCCUGCAGCUGGAGGAGGAGCGGAAGCGGGCGCAGGAGGAGGCGGAGCGCCUGGAGGCCGACCGCAUGGCUGCGCUGCGCGCCAAGGAGGAGCUGGAGAGGCAGACGGUGGAUCAGAUAAAGAGCCAGGAGCAGCUGGCCGCGGAGCUGGCCGAGUACACCGCCAAGAUCGCGCUCCUGGAGGAGGCGCGCAGGCGCAAGGAGGACGAGGUGGAGGAGUGGCAGCACCGGGCCAAGGAGGCCCAGGAUGACCUGGUGAAGACCAAGGAGGAGCUGCAGCUGGUGAUGACUGCGCCGCCGCCCCCGCCGCCCCCUGUGUACGAGCCGGUGGCCUAUCACGUCCGCGAGAACCUGCAGGAGGAGGGCACGGAGGACUCGGGCUACAGCGCCGAGCUGUCCAGCGAGGGCAUCCUGGACGACCGCAACGAGGAGAAGCGGGUCACCGAGGCCGAGAAGAACCUGCGCGUGCAGCAGCAGCUGAUGACUCUGUCCAGCGAGCUGUCCCAGGCCAGAGACGAGAACAAGAGGACCCACAACGACAUCAUCCACAACGAGAACAUGCGGCAAGGCCGCGACAAGUACAAGACGCUGCGGCAGAUCCGGCAGGGCAACACCAAGCAGCGCAUCGACGAGUUCGAGGCCAUGUGAGGCCGCGGCACUGGAGGGCGGCCCAGCCGGGCCCCGCGGGCCGCACGCAGACUCUGAAACGCCUUCGUAGUUCUCUAACCUAGACCCUCCUCGCACCAGUUCCUUUAAAGAGUAGCUGUUUCAGCGGGAAUGUUCCGGGGCUGGGACGGUGCGGGCUCCCCUGGUUAUUCCCAUUUGUAUCAUAGUGCCAAACGGGCCUGAUUUUCACUGCUGUUAUUACUGAAUCACUUCCUGUCUGCUGGGCAGGGCCGAUCGAAUCAAGGAAAGGGCCGCUGUUCGCCUGAGGGCAGCUCCGUGCUGGCGUGUGUGAGAGUCGUGUCAUUAAAGCAGCCCGGUGGCUCCUGUGCCAUACUCCUUCUGUAUUUGAAAUUAGCGCAGAUUAAUAGAUUCACUUGAUUUCUUGAAGGAUGCAUCUCUGUAUUUAUGUUUUUGAGGCUUAGAAACUGGUCGAAAGCAUCACACACGUGCACACAGGGACUCCCUCCCCCGGCGGCCGCACCUCGCUCAUCCGGAUCAGCAGCACAGAGGACACUUGCUUAGAUAAACUCCUGUUUAACAGUUAGAGGCUCCAUGGCUGGGCUCUCACCUGAUUAAUAAUGAUCAGCCAUAUAGUAUAUUUAUAUAUAAGCAAUAAUAUGGGUUUGUAACAUUAGUUAAAAGGGAAAACUUUGUUCUGUAUAUUUUGUUACCUUUUACAGAAUAAUAAAAGAACAUGAAAACCA